UUUCAUUUAAAUCCCUAGCAAGCUUCCUCUGCUUUCUUUCAAAUUCAAACUACCUCCCCUCCCCUCCAUUAAUCUCACCUCAAUCUUUAUCCCUUAGAUAGAGAGGUGUUGAAGAUUGCAGGCGAGGCGGCUUAUCUGGAAAGAAUAAUAUAAUGACAACUGCAAGGUUUAUCAAGUGUGUUACUGUGGGUGAUGGUGCUGUUGGGAAGACAUGCAUGCUCAUCUCUUACACCAGCAAUACUUUCCCUACUGAUUAUGUUCCUACAGUUUUUGAUAAUUUUAGUGCCAAUGUUUCUGUGGAUGGAAGUACAGUUAAUCUUGGACUUUGGGACACUGCAGGGCAAGAGGAUUAUAACAGGUUGAGGCCUCUGAGUUACAGAGGAGCUGAUGUUUUCUUGUUAGCAUUCUCCCUUAUUAGCAAAGCCAGCUAUGAGAAUGUCUCAAAGAAGUGGAUUCCUGAACUCAGGCACUAUGCUCCCAAUGUCCCACUUGUUCUUGUAGGAACCAAACUAGAUUUACGCGACGAUAAACAGUUCUUAGUGAAUCACCCUGGUGCCACCCCAAUCACAACUGCUCAGGGUGAAGAACUGAAGAAGAUGAUUGGUGCUGCAACUUACAUUGAGUGCAGUUCAAAGACACAACAGAAUGUGAAGGGAGUGUUUGAUGCAGCAAUCAAAGUAGUGUUGCAGCCACCUAAGCCAAAGAGGAAGCAGCGACGGAAGUCUUCACGGCGUUGUGUGUUUCUGUGAACAAUCUAAUCAUCCAUCCAUCACAUUUUAUUUUCUACUUUACUGUCUAUACUAUAUAUAAAGCUAAGGGUGUAACGCAAUCAAAGGUUAAUUAAAACCCUAAGCUCGCUCCUACCUAUUGUUUUUUAAGGUUUAGUGUAACCACCUUUUGUUAUCAAACUUUAUUUUAGAUAUUUUUAUUUCUUUAUUUGGUUAUUAGUAAAACUAAUUAAUCUUUGAAUCCAUUACCAUUUCAAAAGUAAUUACGAUUGAAAGUUCUACAA